AUGCCUCCCAAACCAUUCAAACCGUAUGGCACGCCGCCCCAUCUGGACUUAGAAGAAUUCAAAGACAACUUCGAGAUAUGGCAUCAGCAGUGGAAGAUAUUUCUCUCCCUCUCCACCAUCAACACGGCGCUGCCUCAGGGUGAACGCCCGGAAUACAUUGCAAACAUUCUCCUGUCCUGUCUCUCGAAGGCGACACUGAAGGCGGUGUUGACAAUGGGUCUAUCCGCGACCGACUUGGUGGAUGCUGACGUCAUUAUUAAGAAACUGGAGGAGCGGUGCAACGCUGGCCGAAAUUGUCAUGUUUGGCGCCAGCAGUUUGCGUCUCGUGUUCAGCGUGAUUCCGAGUCAGUCGACAAUUGGCUCGGCGACCUUCGAGAUAUUGCUCGCAAGUGCGAGUUCGAAAAGGAUUGCUGCGCUGCCUGCCAGAACACACGUCUGUUGGGACAAAUCGUUUUCGGUGUUUCUGACGACGAUGUGCGUCGCAAGCUUUUGGAGCUCGGCGCUAAGCUGACACUGGACAAAGCCAUCAACAUUAUCCGCACGGCAGAGGCUACGCGUCUACAGUCGUCCAACAUGAAGCAGGGCACCACAGCACCGGUGAAUCAAAUCAAGUCUACUACAGGAAAGCGCCUCAACGACAAACAGGCCCCAUCUCCGAAAGGUCAGUACCGCGGUAAACCAUCUGGUCGUUGGCAUCCGCCCGGUUGUCAUCCAUAUGGUUGCUGGAACUGCGGAUCAGCUUCACGUCAUGCUAAAGAGGAGUGCCCUGCGUUCGGGAAGGAAUGUAAUUCGUGCCACAAGUCGGGUCAUUUCCAGUCCGUGUGCACUCAAGGUAAUUCGUCCCCGAAACCUGAGACGGCUGGCAGUAUUUUGAUUCAGUCCAUCCUUCAAAACGACAUGGUCCAGCUCAGUGUCACCCCCGCCUGCAGCGUCGAAGAGUCGUUCAUUCAGAUGCUUCCGGAUACUGGAGCGUCCAUCGAUGCCAUUCCGGCUUGUUUAUACCGGUGUCAGUUCAAAGACAUUCCGUUAUCUUCUCAUGGGCCCAAGGCAAUCACUGCUACAGGAGCUCCAAUAGUGUCACUGGGCCAGUUUCCGGCAUCGUUUGUUUGGGCCGCCAGUUCUGGUGGUCCAGUUGUCACUUCGGUCCACGUUCUUCAAGAUCUACAGCAACCGGUCAUCUCGAAAGCGACACAGAAAAAACUUGGAAUGCUCCCCGCCCAAUACCCUCACGCUUGUGUAUUGGCGGCUAUUACCACUUCCCCAUCGGAUGUUCCAAAGUUGCCAGAUAUCCAAUCGACAUUGAGAGAGUUGAUGAAGGAGGUACCUUCAAUAUUCGACGGUGUUUGCCGGCCCAUGCGCGGCGCACCCUGCCACUUCCAGCUCAAAGACGAUGCUGUCCCCUCAUCCAUCCGUGGUUCGCGCCCUAUUUCCGUUCCGCUGAUGCCGAAGGUCAAACGCGAGUUAGAUUCAUUGGAGAACCAGCAGGUCAUCGCCAAAGUAUCUGAACCGACGGCGUGGGUCCAUCCCAUAGUGAUUGUUCCAAAAGCGGACAACGAGAUCAGGAUCUGCGGUGAUUUCACUUCUCUCAACCGAUGCAUCAUCCGUCCGGUUUUCGAGGCCCCGACUCCCUUUCAGGCGGUCCGCACGAUCCCUCCGGGAAUGAAAUUCUUCACUGUCAUCGACGCUCUCAAAGGCUACCAUCAAGUGGAACUUGACGACGAGUCCAGCCUCAUGACGACCAUUUCAACUCCGUUUGGCCGCUACAAAUACCUUCGCCUGCCUUUUGGUGUGUCUCUCGCCGGUGAUGACUAUGGGCGGCGUCUUGCCGAUGUUUUUGAUGAUUUCCCGAACUGCCGGCGCGUGGUCGAAGACGUUCUGGUCUUUUCUGCCACUUGGGACGAACACGUCAGUCUGGUACGGCGUUUAUUUCAUCUCGCGGCAAAACAUCAAAUAGCCAUCAACGUGAAAAAAAUUGUUUUUGCUCAACCUUCCGUGUUGUUUGGCGGCUACGUCGUCAGUGAGAGUGGUUUCCUGCCCAAUCCUGAUCUUCUCAAGGCCAUUCGUGAGUUCCCAAAACCAACGUGCGUUUCAGAGAUGCGGGCCUUCCACGGCCUCUGUCAACAAGUUGGUAACUUUUCAGACGACUUGGCAUCCCUUCUUCGCCCCCUGGCUCCCCUCUUACGAAAGGAUUUCGUAUGGGAAUGGACUCAACAACACGAAACGGACUUUCAGGCUGCCAGGACCGCCUUAUCUUCGUCGUCCGUUUCCAAAUUGGCGUUUUACAACCCGGCUCACCCGACGUCCCUCCAUGUUGAUGCUUCUCGUCUGCGCGGAUUAGGCUUCAUCCUCCGUCAGCAGCAGACCAAUGGCAGUUGGAAUGUCGUCCAAGCCGGAUCCCGCUUUCUGUCGGACGCCGAGUCCCGCUACGCCAUGAUUGAACUGGAGUGUUUGGCUGCGGCGUGGGCGAUGCGGAAAUGCCGGCAAUUUCUUGAGGGACUUCCAUCGUUUAACCUCUUUACGGAUCACCGCCCCUUGAUCCCCAUUCUAAACGAUUACUUUCUAGACAAGCUGGACAAUCCCCGGAUUUUGCGCCUUCGCCUUUCCAUGCAGCGAUAUUCUUUCGUCGCGUCGUGGGUUCCUGGAAGAAAUAACGUAAUGGCCGACGCGUUAUCCCGUUCUCCUGUUGAUCAGCCUUCUCCAACGGAUGAAAUUGCAGAAGGCCCCCAUUCCGCUUCCGAGCAUGUUCACCUGAUGGGUGUGAUGGAAGGUUCAAGCUCCAGCAAUCCUGAUAUUUUGCUAUCAUCAGUAUCUGCUGCAUCGGCCGUCGAUCCUGUGCUGAUUUCUCUCCGUCACACCAUUCUACAAGGUUUUCCCAACGAUAAAUGCAACCUUCCUUUAGAUCUCCGUCCGUUUUGGCAGGUCCGCAGCCAGCUAUAUAUUGAUGGGGACCUCAUCCUUGUCGGCCCUCGUGUUGUCAUCCCGGUUUCCUUACGUCAAGAAGUUCUCCGGCGGCUCCUUCAGAUGCACCAGGGAGCGACGAAGAUUCGUCAGCGCGCACGUCAAUCGGUGUAUUGGCCGUCCAUAGACAAUGACAUCGUUAUGGCCGUCAGGUCUUGCCCAACAUGCUCCGAGCUUCUCCCUUCCAACCCGUCGGAGCCUCUUCUUCCCCACGAGCCGGCAUCCCGUCCGUUCCAAUUUAUCUUUGCCGACCUUGGCACUUUUCGCGGUCGCGAUUUUUUGAUUGUUGCCGACCAGUUCAGUGGUUGGCCCCAAGUGUACCCCUUUCCAGACACCAACACAUCUACACGCCGAAUCAUCGACGCCCUCCGCUCCUUCUUCACUUGCGGAGCAGGCGCUCCUGUCAAGCUUUGGUCAGACGGUGGCCCGCAGUUCAAGUCGGAUGAGUACCUAACUUUCCUUCGAGAAUGGGACAUCUCCCACGGCCGGUCUUCUCCUCAUCAUCCCAAGUCUAACGGUUAUGCGGAAGCUGCCGUGAAAUCAAUGAAAAAACUCAUUGCAGGAUCCUGGACCUCAGGUUCCUUUGACCUGGACAAGUUUGGGAAGGGCCUCCUCCUCUUCCGUAAUGCUCCCAUUGCUGGAGGCGCAUCCCCUUCUCAGGUGGUUUUUAACCGGCCCACUCGUGACCUAAUCCCUGCUCAUCGUCGUUCGUUUGCGCCCGAAUGGCAGAAGGCUGCCGGAAUUCUCGAAAAACGCGCACUCCGCGCCAAAGAACUUCGUACAAUCCAUUACAACCGCACAACACGCCCACUUCUAGCCCUUCACGUCGGUGAUAACGUCGUCAUUCAGCAUCACCGAUCCAAACGCUGGACAACUCCGGGAGUCAUCGUGGAAGUUGGCGCAUUCAGGGACUAUUUGGUGAAGACCCCCGCUGGUCGGCUUUUCCGUCGUAAUCGACGUUUUCUUCGUUUGCAUUCCCCUACGGCCGUGCCUCAUAGCCCGUCUCCGGCGCCUAAUAGUGUCCAUCCUCCGGUUUCAUCUUCUUCUCCGACGACAGCAGCCCCUCCUGUUCCCGCGUCUCCCGCUGACACAUCACCGGCCGGUCCUCGUCGCUCGACGCGUCUCGCGGCCAAGAAACCGUAA